AUGACUGUUGCUGGAGACAUGAAGAUCGUGUCUUCUACAACGAAUCUGGAUGUACUGAGGGAAGGGAAAUUUUUCAGCAGUUCUAAAGAUUCUAGCAAUAAUGACACCUGCGGUAACUUGAAAAUUCCAAAUGUUAAUAGUCCCAGAUCGAGGGCUGUUAGUCUGACGUCUAGCAAUGGGUCUAGAGCUUCCAACGGCAUCAGGACUGUGGAUUUGAACCAUGUUGCAAGACGUCCAAGCGAUAAUUUGUUGUUCAAUUCGUUGCUGGAAAACGAUAAUGAACUUAACAACACCUACGCGGAUCUUCAUCCACCACAAUUGAAUAAAUAUAUAAACGAUGGUAGUAACACAAAGAAGAAUAGACCAAUAUCAAAUGACUCCAUCUACACAAGGUCAACCGAAGUAUUCUCUUCCCAUUCCUCAACAGGGACUAUCUCUAGAUCUUCUUCAAAUGUUGAAGCAGAUGAUAUGCAUACAAAUGAAACACAGAACUCAUCGUUGGAGCAACCACAGAAAACGAAUUUCUAUUUUAAUGCAACUCAAGGAUCAGUGAAUCAUGGAAGUUACAUAUCAAGAGCUGCUUCUCAACCAAAUAUACCAUCAUCUGAAAAUAUGAAUUAUUACAAGAAAUCGAAUACUAAUAACCAGACAAUAAACAACCAAAGUAAUAUAAUUAAAACACAAAUUGCAUCACACCAUAACACAGUAGGCUCCACAAACUACAAUGGCUUCAAAAGUACACCUGCGAUAACAGAACACACCAAUUCACACAAAGAAAAACCUCACAUGCCAGCAUUAACACCUUCUCAACGUUAUAGGUUACGGAAAGUUAAUACAGAAUCCUCUGUAAGAAGAACUGCAAAGGAAAAAGAAAAAUACUAUGUAGAAAAUGACGUUAACGAUAAUUUAGAUGUAGAUGAUAUAGACGACUCUUUGAUUUGGGAUAUACCCAUGGCAUCUUUCUCUACUACUUCCUUCUUAAAUAGGAAGAAAAGUUUAAAGAAGAAGGGAAAUAGAACAAUGGAAAAUUUAACAUACAGUGAUAGUAGUAAGACCUCUAAAUCAAGCGCUGAUCAAAACACUACAACCACAAAUAUAGUUAAAAAUAACAAGUAUUUGGCUAGAAACGGAAGUAAACGUCAAUUUAAUAGUAAUUAUGAUUUUUUUGAAAUGCCCAUCACACCUAUCCCUGGCAUCAGCAAACAAUCCGAUCUGAAAUAUAUCCAUGAUACAACAUCGAACCUUUCAUCCAUGUACUUACACUCUUCUAUUAAAUUGUCAGGAAAUAAAAUGUCAACCAGGGCACAGUCUGUUGAUUUUUUACCUUUGGAGUUUAAAGAGAAUUCACAGAAUGGCUUUGAAGACUUAUUAACAGUAUCGGAAGAUAAACUCAAUUUGGUCUCAAACUCAAGACCUUAUUGGCUGCCACCUAAGGACGCAAAUGAGAAAAUAACUCAAGAAAGGCAAAUUUCGAAAACUAUAAGCAUUGCAUCAAUUGAACAGUUAGAUAAGAAUAAAUUUACUGAAACAAGAAUGAAGAAUGAUUUAGUAAAUCAUAAUAAAGUUCUUUCACUUCUAGAGAAAGGAUUGACGAGAAACUCAUCAAUACAAUCUCUGAAAUCAAUCAUUUGGGAAACAGGAUUGACAAAGGACAUAAGGAUAUCGGUUUGGAGUCAAUUAUGCCAGGAUAAUGAAAAAUUCGUUUCCAAACAUUUUUUUGAAUCUUUUGAAGAUCUAAAUAGCAUUUUACGAAAGAUGGAUUUUCCUUUGGUAAAGCAAAGAGAGAUAGAAAAAUUGAUUGAAAACAAUAUUUCAAUGAAGUUAUCAGGAAAAUACCCAAUUUCUGAUAAGUUAUUAUACUUAUUAAAAUUAAAAUCAAUUUCAAAAGAAGGCGUUUUACCUGGCGAUGACCUAUUAUUCCAUCAUUUGUUGAUUGAAUAUUUUGGCAAUGAUUCAAUAUCCGAAUGUAAUACUAAAGCAGCCGAAUCACUACUUAAAGAAAUUUGGGAAUUAGUUAAUCUAUUUCAACUUAUUUGUUUCAAUGACAAAGUGAAAGAAAAAUAUGACUAUCAUAUUAUGGACAGAUAUGGUGUAGUUGGUCAUUAUAUUGCUAAUAACAAAUAUUUCCAAGAAGAAUAUAACAUAUCCUGUUUAAACAUUGGUAACUUUUGGCAUAUAUUAGAAAGAAUCGAUCAUAAUUUAUUUCUGUGGAUAGUUGAUAUUAUAAUUGUGUUAAACUCACAGGCAAUUGAAAAAAAGACAUAUUCACAAUUGGAACAAGAAUAUAAAGGGAAGUCCUGGGAUCAUUAUAGGUCAAAAAAUAUUGUAUCAAAUUACAAAAUAUUAUUAUCGUUAACAUUAGACGUUUUACUAAAUUAUCACUUUGGUUUUAAUGAUUUAAUUAAAUUAUCAUUUUUGGAAGAUAAAAAUUUUUGUAUUCCAAUGACCAUAGAUGAAAAAAUGGAUGAAAAUGAUGUUAAUGCUUUAUUCAUCAAAAAAUGGCUGCAUUAUUAUAAAAAAUUCUGA